CGCUGGGACGCGGCCUGCGGCAGGGGGCGGGGCCUGUACUGCGGACGGCGGCGUCGCUGGGGGCUGGCGUGUGCACAAACCCGACCGCCAGAGCCUGCGGCGCUGGCUUCCGCACCGCUCGUCCGGGGAGUCCACGGAGCAGGGGGUGGGCUCCCUUUCUGGCCCGCGAUGCGUGUGUGGAGCUGACCCCUCCCUCGCACAGCCCUGCCUUGAGGGAAGCCCCCGCCCAGGGGAAGGGGCUCAGAAGCGGGGUGGGGGGGCGCCUCUCUAGAAGAAGCGGGGUGCGUGAGCUCUGCGACCAUGAAGGUCAAAGUCAUCCCUGUGCUCGAGGAUAACUACAUGUACCUGGUCAUCGAGGAGCACACGCGGGAGGCUGUGGCCGUGGACGUGGCCGUGCCCAAGAGGCUGCUGGAGAUCGUGGGCCGGGAGGGGGUAUCACUGACCACUGUGCUGACCACCCACCACCACUGGGACCACGCGAGGGGCAACGCGGAGCUGGCGCGUCUGCGGCCGGGGCUGGCCGUGCUGGGUGCGGACGAGCGCAUCUGCGCGCUGACCCGCAGGCUGGUGCACGGCGAGGAGUUGCGGUUUGGGGCCAUCCACGUGCGCUGUCUCCUGACUCCGGGCCACACCUCAGGCCACAUGAGCUACUUUCUGUGGGAAGAGGACUGUCCUGAUCCACCCGCUGUGUUCUCCGGGGAUGCGCUGUCGGUGGGUGGCUGUGGCUUGCGCCUGGAGAGCACAGCUCAGCAAAUGUAUCAGAGCUUGGUGGAGACCCUGGGCACCCUACCCCCUGAGACGGUGUUCUGUGGCCAUGAGCACACGCUGGGCAACCUUGAGUUUGCACAGAAAGUAGAGCCCAGCAAUGACCACGUGAGGGCCAAGCUGUCAUGGGCCAAGAAGAGGGAUGAGGACGACAUGCCCACAGUGCCAUCCACCCUGGGCGAGGAGCUCCUCUACAACCCCUUCCUACGGGUGUCAGAGGAGCCUGUGUGCAAGUUCACGGGGAAGGCAGCCCCGGCCGAGGUCCUGGAGGCACUCUGCAGGGAGCGGGCAAGCUUCGAGCGGACGGCUGAGCCCCUGCAGCCGCAGGCCCGGGCUCUCCUGGCACUGCAGUGGGGGCUCCUGGGCACAGCCCGACAGAAGUGAGCCCCCAGCGGACCCGCCGUGUGGCCAGGCAGCGCAUCUCUUCCUCACCCCUCGGCACACUGAGCCCACCGGGUGGUUGCCUCUGGAAGCUUCCACUUCCAGCUGGCUGUCUGGCUUUGGAGGGUGGGCACCCUGGCAGGGGACAUGUGAGCCCUGAGACCCGGGUGUUGGGAAGCAGCCUAGUGAGGUGCACAGGGCUUUUGAACUUUGAAUAAAGCUUUGAAAGGCUUCUUUCUUGAUGCUGGCAGACGCUCUGGGAGAGAAACCA